AUGACCAAGCUUUUCUCUCUGUGUAGCCCCAAUGACAACGAAAUGCUGUCGUACGAUGGUUUUCGGUCCGGGCUCGAGGCCAUAGGCAUCGCUUGUGACAGUGACGAGCAGUUCCAGGCCUUCGUGGACGUCGUCGACGACAACAAAAGCGGCACAAUCUCGUACGACGAGUUCCUCGGCGCCAUCCAGGAGAUCAAGCUCGCCCAACUGUUCAAUGACGCCGUGCACCCGAUCAACCACGUCAAGAGCUUCGUCUACUCGACGACGCCCAAGUGGGCCACAGUCCGUUGGAUCAACGUCGAGGGCCUCAACACGUUGCUCAUUCGACGUCUUUCAGUGCGCUAUCGUCUCCACCCGCUGGCUGUGGAAGACACGCUUCGGCUGGAGGCCAAGCGCCCCAAAUACGUCAAGUACGACGAGCACUCGUCCCUCGUUCUCCAGACGCUCCAUCCACGCAGCCUGGACAUGGUGACGGCCUAUCAAAACAUGUACCGAGCCUCGCUGCUGGUUUUACCGGAAGACGACUCGCCUUUCGACCUCAUGGACAAGGGCGAACUUGAAUCGAGACUGAGGGAGCUUGAAGUCGGACACGUGAUGACGUUGCCGAAGCAGUUGAGCCUGUUUGUGAUGAAAGGGGUGCUCAUCAGUGCUCUGAAGCAGCGACUCAGCGUCUCGUACUCCAAGGUUCGGCAACACAGCACGGCGUUCCUUGUGUACACCAUCAUGGACGUGUGCGUGAACGAGCUGUCUCCAAUCUCUCAGACGUUCGGCGCCAAACUGGUGAUGCUGGAGCGCUUGAUGCUGCUGGAGCCGCGUCACUUCGACUUGGGGCGGAUCGCGAACUGCUCGAAGCAGGUCAAGGCGCUCCAAAUGCACUGCAAGCCCUUGUUCGAGAUCAUCUCCAAGCUGGUGGCGUCCGAUGACUACAAAGGGGAGAAGCUGCAGUACUUCACUGAUGCCCAAGACCAGCUCACCACGAUCGAAGAAGAGUGCGAACAGCACCUCGAUCGCUACCGCAGCCUCGUCGAAGACUUCAACAACGCCCGCGCGUCGCAGCAGAACGACGCCAGCUACAUCUUGGCGCUCAUCGCCGCCAUCUUCUUGCCCGCGCAGUUUCUCACUGGAGUCUACGGCAUGAACUUCCCCUACAUCCCGGAGACGACGUAUCAUUACGGCUAUUUCAUCUGGUGGGCCGUCAUGCUCCUGGUUGCAGCGCUCAUCGUGCUGUUCUUCAAGGUCAAAAUGGGGCAAUGA